AUCGUGCCCCAUUUAAAUAGUUUGCCAAUUUUUUAUUUAUAGUUUGGUUUACAUUUUUUAACAAGUGUUUGAAAUUAUUUCUUAUUUUAUUUAUUUUAAAUAUUAUAUAACCAGUACCUAAUUACAAAAAAUUACUAUGUACAUAAAUAUCAAAAAUUAAAUUUCAAAUUAAUGCAAAACUACAAACGGCAUUUAUUGUUUUCAUUGACCUUAGUAAUACAAUACUUAUAAUUUUUUAAAAAUAGUAUUGCGUUUUUGAAAAUUGAUCCAUUUAAGGAUGUUGCAUGGCGCAACGACAUUACAUUAAAACAAUUUGUAUUUCUUUUAUUGUUUAGAUGUAUUUAUUAGUAGACAAAUCAUGUACAAACUGUACAUUGUUUUUUUUUAUUUUGUCAAUUUUGUGACAUGCCAACAUGGUCAUCAUGGCUUUUCAAGCAUGUAUGAUAAGUUAUCCAAUGAAAUAAUUAAACACAUUUUAAAAGCUAAAGAAGAAUAUGUUCCCUGUAAACACAAGAAUGGAACAUGUUUUAUGCCGAAUAUACUGCAUGAUCUGGAACCAUUCAAAAAUGGCAUCACUCACAAUAUGAUAACAUCAGCUUCUGAAAAAGGAACAAGGUAUAUGAUAUAUAAUCAUGAUUUGUACAGAGAAACAAAAUGUAUGUUUCCAGCCCGUUGUGAAGGUGUUGAAUAUUUUUUAUCUAAAAUCCAAUUAAAUAUUCCCGACGUAGAGUUUAUAUUAAACACACGUGACUGGCCACAAGUCAUAAAACACUAUGGAGAUCCUAAACCAGUUUUCUCUUUUAGCAAGACAGAUGAUUAUGCUGAUGUAAUGUAUCCUGCUUGGUCUUUUUGGAGUGGAGGACCAGCAAUUAAACUUCAUCCAUCUGGACUUGGUCGUUGGGAUAUAUUAAGGAAGUCCAUAUUGAAAGAAGCCGAAGUAUGGAAAUGGAAAGAUAAAAAACCCAAAGGAUUCUUUCGAGGAUCCCGAACUAGUGAUCAACGAGACCCUCUUAUACUUCUAUCACGAAGCAACCCAGAACUGGUUGAUGCAGCUUAUACCAAAAAUCAAGCAUGGAAAUCAGAUAAAGACACCCUUUAUGCUUCACCAGCUAAUGAAGUUUCUUUAGAAGAUCAUUGCCAAUAUAAGUAUUUGUUCAACUUUCGAGGUGUUGCAGCUAGUUUUCGAUUUAAACAUCUUUUUUUAUGUAAAAGUCUUAUUUUCCAUGUUGGAGACGAUUGGAAAGAAUUUUUCUAUCAGUUUAUGAAGCCAUGGUACCAUUAUGUACCCAUAAGUUCAAAUGCUUCAGAAAAAGAAAUUAAAAAUAUUCUGUUAUUUUUCAAAGACCAUGAUGAUCUAGCCAAAGAAAUUGCUGAUCAAGGGUAUCGAUUCAUUAGGACACAAUUAAAGAUGAAAGAUGUGACAUGGUAUUGGGAAGCAUUACUAACCAAAUAUGCUAAGCUAUUGAAGUACAAACCAAUUCCAGACGAAGAGCUCAAUAUGAUCAACAGAUGAUCUAGUGUACAAGAGAUUAGAUCAUAAAAAUACAAUUUUUUUUUAUAAAUGGAUACUUAUAUUAUUUUGUGUGAUUAUAAUUGAUUUAAUAACGAAUAUUGUUAGAAACUCAAGAAUAUAAAUUUAUCCAUUCCCAUAUAAAUUAUGAUUUUGACAGUUGUAAAAUGAAAUAUUUAAGUAUUAAAAUAUCACAAGACUACAAUAAAACAAACGGUUUUUUUAUUA